AUGCUGCGCCUACACUACUUCUCGGACCAUCCCGCACUAGCGGCCGCCGAGGACGACGAGUCCGUACACUCGAUCGACCUGAUCAAGGAGUUCGAGGCGGUCGGCCGCGCAUGGAAGGCGUUCCUCGCUGACUGGCUCCUCAAAGAGGAGGAUGAAUCCCAGAUCUUCGUGAAGUUCUUUAAGUUCCAUAAAUGCUACGACCUCAUCCCGACCUCCGCGAAGCUUGUGGUGUUCGACACGCAGCUCCUCGUGAAGAAGGCAUUCUUCGCACUCGUCUACAACGGCGUGCGCGCUGCCCCACUGUGGGACUCCCAGAGGCAGAACUUUGUCGGCAUGCUCACCAUCACCGACUUCAUCAAGAUCCUCCAGAUGUACUACACUAGCCCCAACGUCACCAUGGAGGAAUUGGAAGAGCACCGCCUCGAGACGUGGCGCCAGGUGCUGAAGGGCUCCGUGGUGCCGCUCGUGUCUAUCGGACCGGACUCGUCACUGUUCGAAGCUAUCCGUAUGCUGAUCACCAACAGGAUACAUCGUCUGCCGGUCAUCGACCCCGAAACCGGCGACGUGCUCUACAUACUAACCCACAAGAGGAUCCUGCGGUUCCUCUUUCUAUACAUCAACGAGCUGCCGAAGCCAGCUUACCUGCGCUGCAAGCUGCGAGAGCUGCGCAUUGGCACGCUGAACGACAUCGAGACCGCCACAGAGGAGACGUCCAUCAUCGAGGCGCUCCGCAAGUUCGUAAACCGGCGCGUCUCGGCGUUGCCGCUCAUCGACGCCGAAGGCCGCCUCAAGGACAUAUACGCGAAGUUCGACGUGAUAAACCUGGCAGCUGAGAAGACUUACAACAAUCUAGACGUCUCGCUGAAGAAAGCCAACGAGCACCGGAACGAAUGGUUCGAGGGUGUCCAGAAGUGCAAUCUGGACGAGACCCUCUACGAGGUCAUGGAGAGGAUCGUGAGAGCAGAGGUGCACCGUUUGGUGGUAGUGGACGGGGACGACAAGGUGAUUGGGAUCAUAUCGCUCUCGGAUCUGCUGAUGUACCUCGUGCUGCGGCCCACCGGCGAGUGCGAGGGUGCUAGCCUACGCAACGAGCAUGCGCCCAUCGAGGAGAGGGACGAGAACCCCAGCCCCGAGGCGGAGGACCCCGGCGAAGAACCCCCAGAGGACCCCGAGAAGCAGCCGGCAGAGGGCGCGCAGACGCUCGACGGAGAGAACCGGGACGAA